CUUGUGUUUUGAAUUUAGUCUCUUGCGUUUUCCACUUCAUGUGGAUGGGAACGACAGAGGAUUUGGAAGAGGAAAUGCAACUGCAGUGAGUGAAAUCACGAUUGUUCAAAAAUUCAUUACAACGCCAUUAUUUCGAAUGGAGCGUGUCACACGGUACGGCAGGAUGGAUGUGUAACCGAAGAGCAUAUCUACAUGUGCUCCAAUGAACUUUUACGUGAAUAAAACCAUCCAUACUCAAAAAUGCAAUUUCAAUACGACAGGGAAGUAGUUUACCAACAAACUAACAGUUCCGGUACAUCGCAUUAGUGUGAACAAGCAGAAGUCUUCACGAACAUACUGCCGGUGCCACCUCAGUGCCACUCGCUCGGUGUCGGUGGAACCCAAACAGUGGAAAGAAAGUGAAAUCAAUGCACUUGGCUACCAGCUUGCAGUUUGUAUUUGGCGCAAAAUUUUCGAGGCACGAAAGAAACUUUGCGCGUCGGCAUUAGGAACUCAGUCGACAAUCCACCUUAAACCGUUGCGACACGCACCUGCCGACAGGUGAACGUAAAUCUGAGCGAUAAUUCAAUUGUCACCCUGCUCUGUUAACCGGGCGUGAAAAAGUAUCCUCUUUUCGCGAAUUGUGCUCCGUCAACCAACGGGGAACAGAACAUGAUAGACGGUGCGUGUCGGGCCGCAGUGACUGUUUAGCUGGGAAAAUCGCAAGCAAGCGUGAUCGAACAACAUCAAUGGUGGUGCCGAAGGUAGCUCCUGCGCCUAUUCAACCCACCAAGAUGGCACCGCCGGGUCCGCCACGGGAACGGAGGAGGAAAACCCAUGGCUUGUACUUCCAUUCAUCACCACCUAAAGUAUUACAAAUGAACAAUCAGAACGUGCAACGAGACAAUGAUAGCAGAAUCAAGGAUGGUCUAAUCAUAAAGCCAUCCAACAUUAGAAUAUGGCUGCACCAGAAGCACCUGGCCAAGCUGGCCAAGGUGAUAUGGGCCGGACAGGGAAUGCGUCUUCGAACGGAAACGUCGCACCAUCCGAAGAUGAAGCGAUUUCUGGAAUGUGUGCCACAUGUCAUGGGCGUUAUCAAGGAUGUCCAUCAAGCUGUCGUCGAUAACGAUCUGGAUACGUUGAAGGAAAAGACGGCGUCGCCAACGCCGCGGAUUGUUCUGACCAGCAAGGAUGCUAACGGGUUGACGCCACUGCACAAAGCGGCGGGACUGGCCCAUACCCAGAUCGUAGAAUAUAUUCUGUCGAUUUGGCCGAGCUUGUCGUCGGACGUGGACCACACGGGAAAGACUCCGCUGCACUGGGCGGCCAGUGCUAAGAACAAUGCGAGAAGUUUCAAUCUUUUAGUGCAGGCUGGUGCCGAUGAAACCGCGCUGGAUCACCGGGAUAAGGCGGCCGAGUAUUACAAGAACCGGCCCAACGAGAUCGACCGUUCGCUGCUGACCGUCAUACCGGAAGCGCCACGAAUAUCACAGCAAGGGUUCCCGGCGUUCUUCGACUGGACCAUGUUCACCCUCGACGUGGAUACCGACGAUAGCAACGGUUCGCAAACGAGAAUGAAACCCUUUUUAUCGCAAAAUAACUUACUAGAUAACGAUGUAAAUAAUUACAAUAGUGUUUCCAAGUCUAAAUCUGUGCACAAUCUCACUAACGGGACGCUAACCGAUCUCCCGAACGACGAGAGCGAAAGCGAGACCAAGAACAAGGAAGAGUCAACUGUAGAGGAGCUGGAUGAGGAGCCACCGGAAACAAAUGAACAGGAAUCGACAGAUGGCGACGAUGCCGUUGGUGAGUCCGAAGAAGUCGUCGGUGACGUCAAUGGUGAUGGUUCUGGUCCCGAUCCGGAGGACAAUAACGAGCCGGAAAACACGACUGGCGAGGUAUUCGAUGUGGAGGAGGAAAGUAAAAUCCCCGAAGACACGAAUCAGACAACUGAAUCAGGGGAUUCGGUAACCGAAAAUGAAGCUACUGAUGCUGAUGGUGGCAAUCAGGUGGAUGCUGUCGAUUUGAAGGAAUCAGAGAACGAUCCUGGAGAAAAUGGUAAUGCGGGCGAUGAUGUAGAAGAUCAACCAAAUGGACCUGCUCAGGAUCAAGAAGUGGAACGCAAUGAGGAUGAAACCGAGAACAAGGUAGACAUCAAUGAGAAUGGGUUGUCCGAAAAUGAUAAAAUGAAUGAUAAAAAUAACGAAGAAGAUGCACUAAAAGAAGAAAAAACGAAUUUAGUAGAUGAGAAGAUGAGCGAUGAAAACAGAGAAGAAGCGCAGGGAACCGGUGAGCUCACGAAUGAUAGUUUGGAAAGUAAUCCAUCAAAGGAAAAUGAAGAGUCUGAAGAACUUGAGCAAGAUAGCUUGAAUAGACCUGAUGACGAUGUUGAAGACCCAUCAGUAGAUGCUGAUGGAGGUGUGUCAGUAGAUUAUGAUAAUGCUAGUCGAAUUUCAGCUAAGUCUCGUCAAUUGUCAGCAAUAUCCCAAACCGGGAAUGAGAAAUCUUCCCGCGAAAUUUCAGCAAAAUCCAACAUGCUGGAUGCGAAUGGGAACAUCAGCGAUACAAAAAGCAGACAAUCUUCAGCACAAUCCGAAAGGAUUACUGAAACUAUAAUCAAUGAAGUGACUUCAUCUAGACCUGUAAGUGGCUUGAAUGGCGAAGACAAUGGAAAACCUAAAUCAGCAAAAUCAACAUCCUCUCGACGACAAUCGGCAAAAUCAACCUCUGCAGUGUCUAGUAAGGCCAAAUCUGCUGGAUCUAGUAACGAUGGAAAUAAUAAUGAUGUGGAUGAAGUAGAAAAUGAUAAUGGUACCAAUAAAGCCGGCUCAAGGCCUUCGACAACUGCAAGCCGUAAUGAACAAUCCAACUCGUCUCGGACUCAUUCGAGUUCUACCGUAAGAAACGUUUCAGCCACUUCGGUUGUAGAACGGCGACCCUCGGCUAAAUCCGCCAUUUCGCAGAAGAGCCGCACCGCCGACAAUGAAGAAGACGGUGACUCCAACGACGAUUCCAAUCAAGCUGAUGUUCAAAUCGUUCAUUACAAGAAUGGCGAUGAGGCUGGACCCGAUGAGAACGGUCAAUUUAAUGAAGUCAACGACAACGGCGGCGGAAAUGGGACACAGAAUGAUACCCAUGACGGGGUAGCAAUCGAUAAAGCUCCUAUUGAUACUGACUCAACCGCCCGGCAAAAAGAGACAACUCCAGUGCUGAUAAAAAUUGACCAAAGUGCAAACACGACUGAAGAGACUUCCACCGACAGCACCAAUAACGACGAGCAACAGGAAAACGUUGAUUCGCCCAGUCCGGCCCUUGAGAUCAACGGCACAGUUGAGGGUGAACCGGAUGGAGGCCAACUGCACAGCGGACGACCAUCCGGAGACUUAGAUUCCUUCAAUGGGCAGUCGAUCCAGGAGACGAUCGAGAGUGGUGAUAUGGAACAGCUGGCGGUAAUCGUGCUGAAUGGAGACGGUGGCAAGCUGCUGGGGCGGCGCUCGGAACAGCCGGAAAUUCAAGCAUUUCUAGACAAUGUGCCUUCCUAUAUGAACAAAAUUCGUCGGGUUCACGUUGCGGCUCGAGAGGGCAGUCUACGCGAUCUCCAAUCGGCGCUGGACCGACGGAAGUUUGCCACAGCCAAGGACUCCAUUUCACCGCACGGUGCCACACCCCUGCACGUGGCCACCAUCUUCGGACACUCAGGUAUCGUGCGAUACUUGGCGGGUCGUUUUCCGGAAACGACCAGCGCUACGGACAACAACGGGCGCACACCGCUGCACUAUGCCGCAACGCUGAAGGACAACGGUCAUUUCUAUAAUUUGCUGGCUCAUCUGGGGGCGAAUCCAAAGGUUGAAGAUAACUCGAACCAUUCGGCCGAGUUCUAUCUGGAUCAAGAGAAGACCAAAGAUCUACUGUCUCACCGUCAACUGUUGCAAGACUAUGGCGCCGAAGAGGAUCUCGCUGAAUCGAUGCUCAACGAUCAAGUUCCCGACGAUCAACAUAGUGCACGCCGCGAGUUGGACGACGUCGACACGCUAACGACGCUAGAGCGAUGUUUCAAAAUUAUCCACGAGCCCAUCGAAGAUCGGAUGAAAACUUUGCCGCUUCCAACGAAUAGUGUUCCCGGUAGUGCCUCGUCGCUGAGGAUUCUUAUAACGUCCUAUUUGGCUAAGUUCAUGAAACGAAAUGUGUUCGAUAAGAUCAAAAAACGUCAGACGAAGUUGGAUCAUAACUUGUUCGAUGUAAUUUGGCCCGCGAUGAAGAAAGCCACCAAAGAGAAAAACAUUGACGAAGACUUCAACGUCGGAAUUGUGAUCCCGGAUUACGACGUUUUUGUAGUGUUUCAAGAAUUCCUAGUGCCACUAAUCAAGGAUAUGCAUUGCAUGGAGCUUCAGCAGGAGUUCUUUCCCCACCCGUCGUCGCAGUUCUUUCCACGAUACGUGAUAGAGGGUUCUCCGAAUCAAAAUGGUGAGAGUAAUGGGAACGUUCUCCGAGAGAAUCCUUGUGAUGUGGAUUUAAAUCUUGACACAUCGGGAAAGUUUAUCACCGGAGUAGUUAUCGAAUGCACGCGAAAUCUAGACGAGUUUGAUUUUCCGCUAAAUCUGAGCAUAGCGCAACUAGAGAAGGCGGAGCGAAUUCUAACGGCGAAGAUCCUAUCAAUGGCGUUUGCCAACGCAAUAGGGGAGGACGAACUAGGCACGUACUAUACGAUGAAUGAAAUCCUAGAGAGUCCUUCGGAGAUUCGAACCAUACUUGCAACAGCUGGUCUGUUGAUUCCCAUGCUAGACCACAGCGAUCCGUAUCAAAUCGCGGAAUCGAUUGCCCUAAAUGGAAAAUAUUGGCCAUACGGACGUGGCGUUUAUGUCAGCCACAAACAAGAUCUAGUCGCUUGGAUCAACGCUCAAGAACAUCUACGCGUGCUCUGUUGCACCAGUUCAAAAAAUCCAGCCAAUAUAGGAAGUGCCUACUCCAAGAUUGGUCGAGCCAUGACCUACCUCGAAGACAAAAUACAUUUCAAGCACAGCUAUUUCCUCGGAUACCUCGUUUCACGUCCGUCGUUUUUGGGAACUGGUCUGAAGAUAACUCUGUUUCUUGAACUCACGCAACUCCAAAAGGAAAUGGAAAAUCUCCGACACCUCUGCUUGGUUCGGGGUCUUCAUCUGCUCACCUCGGAGGAUCAGUCCACAAUCCGAAUGAGCAACAUGCGUUCGCUCUCACAAACCGAGUGGCAAAUCUUCCAGGACUACACCGGGGCCAUAACAAACAUUGUCGCACUGGAGAAGGAACUGUCGCUGUCAAACUCACUGCACAUUGCUGCCACGCUGUUGAAAAUAUUUCGUAAGAAAAAGAAUAGCUUGGUGGAAGCGGCACCAACCCACUAG